AGCAAAUGCUGCCUUCCUUGUUGGAUGCUACAUGGUUAUAUAUUUGGGGAGAACUCCAGAAGAAGCAUAUAGAAUAUUAAUCUUUGGAGAGACAUCCUAUAUUCCUUUCAGAGAUGCUGCCUAUGGAGGCUGCAAUUUCUACAUUACACUUCUUGACUGUUUCCAUGCAGUAAAGAAGGCAAUGCAGUAUGGCUUCCUUAAUUUCAACUCAUUUAACCUUGAUGAAUAUGAACACUAUGAAAAAGCAGAAAAUGGAGAUUUAAAUUGGAUAAUACCAGACCGAUUUAUUGCCUUCUGUGGACCUCAUUCAAGAGCCAGACUUGAAAGUGGUUACCACCAACAUUCUCCCGAGACUUAUAUUCAAUAUUUUAAGAAUCACAGUGUUACUACCAUUAUUCGUCUGAAUAAAAGGAUGUAUGAUGCCAAACGCUUUACGGAUGCUGGCUUCGAUCACCAUGAUCUUUUCUUUGCGGAUGGCAGCACCCCUACUGAUGCCAUUGUCAAAGAAUUCCUGGAUAUCUGUGAAAAUGCUGAGGGUGCCAUUGCAGUACAUUGUAAAGACUUACCUUCCAGGGAAGCCUCCUCCUGCCUGUAUAUUAAGCCAACUGGAGACCAUGCAGAGGGCUUGGCUGUGGAGCCUGCAGGAACCCCCGAAUCCAGAGCAAGGGUCCACAUGCCCCCUAGGCCUGCAUGUAAAAUGAAGCCUAGAGGAGCUGACCUGGCCCUGCCCAUCAGGCCUGCCCCAGUAACACACCUGGAUUCUCGGCAGGCCCCUAUCCCCGCCGGGUGGAUACUGAAAACGCUCUUCGUCUACAACUGGGUCCUUGCCCCACCUGCCCACCAAGGCCUCUGA